AUGGCACCGAAGAAAUCGAAAGCUCCCAAGGUCUCUGCUGACGCUCCCGAUUGGAUUUUUGGGAGAGGCGUUGCAGAAUACGUUAAGGAAUUCCAGGUGGCUUUGGCACAAGAACAAACAGGGAGCUUGGUGGACGAGAUGAUGCCCAAGUACAAGGAUAAAUGGAUGCAGAAUGGGCUAAACAAGUUCAUUUUUCCCAACGCUGACGAAGGAGUGACACUAGAGUACAUGCAUCUGGCGGAAGCUCUUCACAAUGAAAUGGGUGUGGCCACAUGCCCUUUUAUAUUAGCCUCUCUCUAUCAUUGCCUUCAUCAAAUCACUAUCAAUCCGCUAAACCUCAACGUUUGUGGUCCAAUAUGGAUGUCUCAGAUGUGGUUGGAAUGGUACUUCCUUGAGCUUGGGAAUGAUGCGCUAGAAUUUCUUGAGGAUGACGUCCCAGCUAUUGCUCUGGCUAUUAACCCUUUGUCAUCACUAAAGAGUGUGUCAUCUUUUUCAGAGAGUGUAGGCAGAGAGAGAAAGAAACUUAGCUUCGUUCACUAUCCUCUGACCAUUCUUGGUUUGCAGAGAGAGGUCUCCAUCAAGCUCCUAGACAUUGGAAGGAUAUGUCCAACUCUAGGGCUAUUAUUCAUGCUAAUAUGA